AUGAAGUUCUCCCUGACGUCCGCUGCCCUCGCGCAGCUCCUGCUGGGCAUCACCACCCAACCCGCUCUCGCGGCCCCGCACGAGAGCACGAUCCCGAAGUUGGGCGCCGUCGCCUCCGAGUCGGCCAUCUGCAGCAAGGUCGGCACCGACCUCCUCGAGCUGGGAGGAAAUGCCGCCGACGCGACGGUCGGCACCGUCAUCUGCGUCGGCGUCGUAAGCAUGUACCACAGCAGCAUCGCCGGCGGCGGCUUCAUGCUCGUGAGGUCGAGGACUGGCGAAUACGAGUUCAUCGACUUCAGAGAGAAGGCCCCAAGAGCCGCCGAAGAGGAUAUGUACAAAGAUGACCCGGACGCUAGCAUGUACGGAGGUCUCGCCAGUGGCGUCCCUGGUGAGCUCCGUGGCUUGGAGAGACUGCACAGAUACGGCAAGCUGGAUUGGUCAGAGGUGCUUAAGCCCGCGAUCAAGCUGGCGCGCGACGGCUGGCCCGUCAACCAUGACUUGAUCCGAUAUAUGAACGCUGUCAGCCCCAACAACUCGUUCCUGACCAACGACCCCUCGUGGGCCAUCGACUUUGCACCGCAUGGCACCCUUCUCAAGCUGGGCGACAUCAUCACGCGCAAGCGCUACGCCGAAACCCUUCAGAAAAUCGCCGACAACGGCGCCGACGCCUUCUACAACGGCCCCAUCGCCAAAGCCACCAUCGACGCCCUGACAAAGUCCAAAGGCAUCAUGACCCUGGAAGACCUCAGGGACUACAAGGUCGCCAUCAGGGACCCCGCGCAGAUCUCGUACAGGGGCUACAAGCUCACCGCCUGCAACGCCCCCUCCGGCGGCAUCGUCGCCCUCAGCGCCCUCAACAUCGUCGAGGGCUACAAAGGCUUCGGCGACCCGGCAGAGCGGAACACCACUGUGCACAGGCUGGACGAGGCCAUGCGUUUCGCCUACGGCCAGCGCACCAAGCUCGGUGACCCGUUCCACGUCAAUGGCCUCUCGGACUACACAAAGAACAUGAUCUCCCCCGAGACCGGCGCCAAAAUCCGCUCAAAGAUCUCCGACUCCCGCACCUUUGACGUGUCCUACUACAACCCGGAAGGCACCGAGACGGUCGAGAACCACGGCACCUCCCAAAUCGCCGUCGCCGACGCCAGCGGCAUGGCCAUCUCCCUCACCACGACCGUCAACCUCCUCUUUGGCUCCCAGCUCAUGGUCCCGGAAACGGGCGUCAUCAUGAACAACCAGAUGAACGACUUCAGCAUUCCGGGCGCCAGCAACCACUUUGGCUUCAUCCCCAGCCGCGCCAACUACAUCCGGUCUGGCAAGAGGCCCCUCUCCUCCAUCGCCCCCGUCAUCGUCGAGAAACCCGACGGCAAGCUCUACUUCGUCAUCGGCUCGGCCGGCGGCAGCCGCAUCAUCACGGCUGUCAUUCAGAACCUCCACAACGUCCUCGACAGGAACCUGACCGUGCCGCAGUCCCUCGCGGAGCCUCGCUUCCAUGACCAGCUGAGCCCGAACACGGCCUCCUUUGAGUACGCUUACGACAACGCCACCUCGAGCUACCUUGCCAGCUUGGGCACCACAGUCACCUGGGAGGCGCCGGGCGGUAGCUCGGCGCAAGGUGUGAGGCUGUUGCCGAACGGCACUUUCGAGGCAGGCAGCGAGCCGAGACAAAAGAACUCUGGAGGAUUUGCCGUCUAA